CCCUGGGCGGAAAAACACCGACUCACGGAGUUGAAGAAAAUCGCACACACACCAGCUACAAAGCGUUCGCUUGAGAGGUUGCUGGCUGCCCCUGAGAAGACUCCGCGUUUGUUACUCCAUGGGCCUCCUGGUACCGGUAAAACCACAACCGUCUGGGCCUUUCUCAUUGAACUACUCGGCAAGAAUAUGACUCGAGGAAGUUUUAAUUUAAUUUUUUUAAAAUGGCGCGGAAGCUUUUGCAGUCAUGUUUUCUAUGUAGUUGCAUCCAAUACGAUUGCAGGAGUGAUUUACUCUUGCCCACAUGGUGAUCGAGGUAGUGAUAGCCAUCGAGCAGGAGCCCGCGCCCUUUGUGUUGCGUGAGCCAAUUAGAUUGAUGGAUGGGCUCUGUAGGUGUAGCUUACCUACUACCAAUAGCGAUACGGCGCUGGGAAGAAGUAGACUCUGUUUUAGAACUCGGGCGAGCAAUUACGUUUUUAUUUUUUUGGUUCAUCGAGUAGGCUGCUGGAUACCACGUGAAGGCUAUGAACUCGUCGGAAGAUCGAGGGGCCAAAGUGAUCCGCGAGGACGUGAAAAAAUAUUGCACGCUGGACGUCAACGAUGAGCAUGGCCUUCCCUCCAAGUACCCCAGCCCCAGACUCAAACCCGUGCUCUUGUUAAGUUCCUAGAAAGAAAGUAGAAACUUGCUUAAAGCAUGAACAAAUUAACAUCAAACCAUGCCCAUCAAGAACAUGAUCCGCGCUUCGACUUUGUUUAGAUCUAUUUACUCGGUGACUCUUUGGCUCUUUCUAUCUAAUGUCAUGGAAAAAAAGCGUGCAGCAGUAGUGUGCUUGUAGUUUCUUGAGAAAUGUGACGCCUUGUCUUCUUCUACUGUCGGAUGAGGCGGACGCGUUGACUUUCGAAGCACAGGCAGCUCUUAGAAGAGUUAUCGAGGAGCACUCCGGCCAUACCCGCUUCAUCCUAUGCCGCAACUACGUAAGCAAAAUCGUCGAGCCUAUUCAGUCCCGUUGCGCUCUAGUCGCUUUUCAGCCCCUGGAUGAUGAACAACAUCGCGAGCCUAUGUCUGACGUCAUUAAGUAGACGACGAAGAAGGAGCAGAGAAGUGAUAUUAGUCAGAUACGUAGCGGUAGUUCUUUAAAAUUCUUGGCAAUCUAAUAAGUCUUCUAUGUAUAUUAAUACUACUAUCCAUAGUCCGCAUCCUCUUCAUAGCUGACCUGAGGGCGAUUAGUGUUGCGGAAGACGUGGAGAUAGAUGAUUCAGGGUUAGAUAGUUUGUUGGCUUUGAGCGAUGGCGACUGCCGCAGAAGUAUCACUUUGCUGCAA